UCCUCCCGCAGGUGCUGCGGAGCGGGGCUGCCGCUUCUUCUGCUCGAUCCGUCCUCAUCGCUUCCCGGUUCGGAACCAUGACGAUCACACGGCUGGAUCAGGGCCAGCGGUACCGGCCUCGGAUGGCCUUCCUGAAAAAGAUUGAAGCACUUAUGAUGGAGAUGCAGAGUCCAGACACGGGCAUCAAGACUCAGACACAGGUUGUGAUGAUCACCAACAUCCCCCACGCUGUGACAGGUAAUGAUAUAAUGCAGUGGAUUCUCCAGCGCCUGCAGAUCACUCAGGAAGAGGCACUCCACCUGGGGGACCUGUUUGUCAAAUAUGGAUACAUCUACCCUCUUCAGGAGCCAAAGAAUCUCACCCUUAAACCAGAUGGCAGCCUGUACAGGUUCCAAACCCCCUAUUUCUGGCCUGUGCAGAGCUUGCCUGCUGAUGACACAGAUUAUGCAAUUUACCUAGCAAAGAAGAACAUUAAGAGGAAAGGGAUUUUAGAGGAAUAUGAAAAGGAACAUUACAACAUGCUCAAUCAAAAAAUAAACUACAAGUGGGAUUUUAUUAUCAUGCAGGCCAAGGAGCAGUAUAAGGCAGGGAAGGAACGGAAUAAGGCAGACAGGUAUGCCCUGGACUGCCAGGAGAGAGCCUACUGGCUUGUCAACAGAACUCCUCCUGGCAUGACUGACAUCCUGGAGUAUGGGAUAGAUCGGGCAACGGAUCCCAAUGAAAAUAAGAAAAAAACUAUGGAGUUUUAUCGGAGAGAGAUCAUGUACUACCAGCAGUCCAUAAAGAAGCCCAGAGUGAAAUCUUCUGUCUCUAUCGGAGGGCUUGUGAAGUACAGUGAGCAGUUCCUCUCCAAUGAUCCUUUUGUGUCUGGAUGUCUCCCCAGCAACCCUUGGAUAACAGAUGACCCUGAGUUCUGGGAUCUCAAUGCAAAGCUGGUGGAAAUCCCCACCAGGAUGCGUGUGGAGCGUUGGGCUUUCAACUUCAGCGAGCUGAUGCGGGACCCCAAAGGUCGGCAGAACUUCCAGCUCUUCCUGAAGAAGGAGUUCAGUGGAGAGAAUCUGGGUUUCUGGGAAGCCUGUGAGGAUCUCAAGUAUGGAGACCAAUCCAAGGUCAAAGAAAAAGCAGAAGAAAUUUACAAGCUCUUCCUGGCUCCAGGAGCAAGGCGUUGGAUUAACAUUGAUGGGACAACAAUGGGAAUCACAGUCAGAGGCCUCAAGCACCCUCAUCGUUAUGUUUUAGAUGCUGCUCAGACCCACAUUUACAUGCUGAUGAAAAAGGACUCCUAUGGCCGCUAUUUGAAGUCUCCAGUGUACAAGGAAAUGCUGGCCAAGGCCAUUGUGCCACAAGAGACUGUCAAAAAAAGCUCGGGUUUCCCCUUCGGACGCCGUCACCUCCCCUCCAGCCCCAGCCCCGUCAUCCUGAGGCAGCAGGAGGAAGAAGCCAAAGCCAGAGAAGCUGCCACGACCGUGGACAUCACGCAGGUCAUGAGCAAGCUGGAUCGCAGGAGCCAGCUCAAGAAGGAAGAACCUCCUCCCAAGUAGGCUCUGAGCCCUGCAGGGCAGAGCGCAGGGAAAAGACAAGGCGAGGCUGGUGGUGUUGAGCUUCGUCUCCCCUUCCUGAAGGUGUCAGUGCUGCUUUAGAUUUUCCCAGCCCGGCUCUGCCAACAGCCUGCUUCCCGCACCUUUGUUUCUAUGGCUUCUGGAGCAGCAGAUGUCACUUCCCAGGCAUGUCAGGCAUGAGAAUGCUGCCGGAGCCAGGCUGCUGGCUGUGCCGGACUCGGGGUGCAGGAUGCCGUCUGGGCUGCUGCCUCUCCCUGCCUCCUGCUCCUCCAAAGGGAAGGAUGGCACAAGGCUGGGGAAAGCUCUGCUGUCCCAGUCCUUUGGGUUGAAAUCAGCCUUCCUGGGAGCAGAGAUUGGAUGACCUGACAGGCAGCAGGAGGAGGUGGCCCACCUCAGAGUGUUUCCGAGCUGGUGUCCAUCCUCUCCAGGGAAUGUGCACGCUCCCAAGGGAUGCAUCCUGGGCACCCAACCCCCCACGGGGAGUCCUUGAAGGAUCCUGCACCUCUUAUCCAGGGCACUGGAGUCACAGGCAGCAGAGCAGGGCUGGCUUCUUGUGAAAAGUGUAGGGUGAGUGUUUCUGAAGGUUUAGUUGACCCACUGAACUUCAGUGACAUUCCCAAGUCCCCCCUGGCAUGUUGGAAAUGACCAGGGGAAUGCUCUGCUCUCCCCUGUGGCUCCCCUGCAGGAUGAGCAAGGUGUGCAGGUGUAGAGAGCUGGCUCACAAGAGAGCCUGAGAGAUGCAGCUCUGGCUCUGUGUUUCUUUCAUUGAAUCCUUCCUGACUCUUGUCUUGUCUUUUUCCUGCUCUUCUAUUUUCAGCUGUUAAAAAAAAAAAAUAGAAACAACCCUAACUGGAGGGAGUUCCCACUGUCACUGGCUUGUAGCCCAGAGGCCAGGAAGAAUCAGGGUAGAGGUGUUAAAAACUGAUUUCAGCUUUUAGUUGUUGGGUUUUUUUUGUUGGUUUUGUUUGUUAGUUGUUUGGUUUUGUUUUGCUUUUUUCAUUUGCUCUGUCUUUUUUUUGCUCUUUAGAAUGAGACAACCUAAAAUA